AUGAUUAUUGACGUAGGAUCUCACCCGCUUGACCCUCUCACUCCUAACGAGAUAUCUCAGACUGCUGACCAUGUGCGGUCUGCCUUUACGGGCAAAGAUGCGUACUUUCGAGUGCUUACGCUUUCGGAGCCGCCAAAGGAGGAGAUGAUACGCUUCCUGGAAGAUGAACAUCAUGGGGCACAAUCCCUGUCAGCUCCCGCACGGGUAGCCAUGGUGCAAGUCUUUCUCGGUCCCAGAGAUAGUGACCAUUUCUAUCAGCUCAAGGUCGAUGUUUCUUCUGGCAAGAUUCUAGAAGAACGUCAACUCAAAGGCUGCCAUCCUCAUGUCGAUGCAACCGAUAUGCGGAAGGCUGAGCAGGAAUGUCUCAAGGACCCAGAGGUGCAGGCAGCCAUCAAAUCCAUGCAUCUUCCAGAAGGUGCGACUAUCAACAUCGAACCAUGGACUUAUGGGACAGACGGCAUGAAUGAUAUGAGCCAGAAGAUCACCAUGUGUUACUUCUACAUGAAGCUGAUAAGCCAUCCUGAUGCAAACCACUAUGCUUACCCUCUGGAUCUAUGCGUCGAAAUGUCAGGAGACGCCAAGGUCCUCAAGAUAUAUUACCUUCCAUUUGGUACUGGGAACGACAUCAGCGAAGCUGCUCAGGCGUAUGACUCGAAGAAAGUCCACGGUGCCGAAAUCGAGUAUCAUCCGGACUUGGUUAAGAACCACCGCACGACCACGAAGCCUUAUCACGUCUCUCAACCCGAAGGUCCCUCGUUUGAGGUUGAUGGGAACUUGAUUCAGUGGGAAAAAUGGAGAUUUCGUGUAGGCUUCAAUUACCGCGAAGGUCUGACCUUGCACGAUGUGAGAUACGAUGGCCGGAGUCUCUUCUACCGUCUGUCUCUUUCAGAAAUGUUUGUCCCUUACGCCGACCCUCGCAUGCCGUAUGCUCGCAAGGCAGCAUUUGACUUAGGCAGUGACGGCGCCGGGGUUUGCGCGAAUGACCUGAAAUUAGGCUGCGAUUGUCUGGGCCACAUCAAGUAUUUUGAUGGUUGGCAUACCACAACCGACGGGACCCCGAUCAAACUGCCAAACGCUGUAUGCUGUCACGAAGCCGACGAUGGCAUUCUCUGGAAGCAUACCAACUUCCGCACCGGACAUGCUGUCGUCACUCGGUCGCGGAUCCUGAUACUGCAGACGAUCAUCACUGUGAGCAAUUAUGAGUAUAUCUUUGCUUUCCAAUUUGGCCAGGAUGCGUCAUUGAACUACGAGGUUCGCGCGACAGGGAUCGUCUCAACUGUUCCAAUUAGUGUUGGCGACAAGGUACCAUUUGGGACGGUCGUCGCACCAGGUGUCAUGGCGCCAUAUCACCAGCACUUAUUCUCCCUGCGCAUCGAUCCGGCUGUUGAAGGUUACAAGAAUUCGCUGUUGGUGGAGGAGUCGCAUCCUAUGCCCAUUCAAGAUCCGAAAGUCCACAAUCCAUUCGGCAUCGGAUAUACAACAGAGUCGCAGAUUGUUCAGAGCGAGAGUGGCCUCGACCUCGAUCACUCUGUGGGCCGGGUGUUCAAGAUCGUCAACGAAGAUGUCAUCAAUCCAGUCACAGGCAGUCCGGUCGGGUACAAGCUUGCGCCGUCUUACAGCCAGCUGGUACUGGCGCACCCCUCGUCAUACCACGCCAAAAGGUCGGAGUUCGGCGAGCAUGCAGUAUGGGUCACGCGCCAUAGUGACGAAGAGCUGUUUGCCUCGGGUCAACAUACCAUGCAAUCGAUGGGCGGGCAGGGGAUUGCCUCCUGGAUCAAAGAGCGUCGCGAGAAGGGGCAGGAGACGAGUGUGAGGAAGGAAGACAUUGUUAUCUGGCAUACGUUCGGAUCGACACACAAUCCGCGAGCCGAAGACUGGCCCGUGAUGCCGGUCGAGAAAAUGACUGUUGGACUGAAACCGAUCAACUUCUUCACAGCAAAUCCUGCCAUAGAUGUCGCUGUGUCGACACAGGAGAAGAACCAGAGCGUCCUUGUUGACGGUGUCUCUAAGAUGAAUGGUCAUUGCUCGUAGUCGAUGAGGUCCGACAUUAACGAGUCUCUGGAGGAGCUCAAAGAACACAUACACGCAUAGAUUGAAUAGAGCCUUCCUAGACCUGAGUAUACUGCAAAGAAGAUUAGAGCGAGCGUGGGCAUGCCUACCUAGUGAUCAAUGGAUUGAGUAUGGUCUGACAAUGAGAGGACUCCACAUGUCGCGUCCACGCCAAGAGCGAUGGCCUCGACUCAGCUUACUAGCACACGAAUUGCCA